AUGCCAGUGGCAAUUUCCGUCGAGGAUUACUGCGGUCCACCGGGUUUGUACCGGGUCGUACGCGAGCUGGCCGCAUCCGCUAAUGGGGACGCCGAAACCGGCAACGGUGCGGAAAAACCCGCGCCGGAUGCGCCGCCCACCAUCGAGAUGCAGCCGGUGCAGCCGGAUAUGCGGUACCACGUGCGCCACCAUCACCACCGCGACAAGCCCGGCCAUGAUUACGCGGAGGACGUGAUCACGACGCAGGGCGUCCAGCCGCACCACAAGACCAACUACGCGGAGACGAUGAUGCACCUGUUCAAGGGUAACAUCGGUACCGGCUGCUACGCGAUGGGCGACGCGUUCAAAAACGGUGGGCUGGUGCUCGCCACCGUGCUGACGCUCUUCAUCGGGAUUGUGUGCGUGCACUGCCAGCACGUGCUGCUGAACUGUGCGCAACUGAUGCAGGCGAAGAAGCGGGAACAGGAGGCGGAAGAGCGUGCGAACGGGACGACGGUGGUGGCGGCGAACAACGGGAAGAUGCUGAGCGUGAAGGCCGGGCCCACCGUGCCCGCGGUGUCGGAACCGCUCGACUUCGCCGACACGGUAGCGCUCUGCUUCGCCUACGGUCCACCGUCGGUCCGGUCGUGGGCGCAGUCGAUGAAGAACGCGGUGAACAUCUUCAUCUGCGUGACGCAGCUCGGCUUCUGCUGCAUCUACUUCGUGUUCAUCAGCUCGAACUUCAAGCAGAUCGCGGACCGGUACGGCGUUGAGCUGGACGUCCACGUCCACAUGGCGCUGCUGGUCGUGCCGAUCGUGCUGACCUCCAUCAUCACCAAGCUGAAGUUCCUGUCGUACUGCUCGCUCGCCGCCAACGUCUUCAUGACGCUCGGCAUCGGCAUCACGUUCUACUACGCGUCCCAGGGGCUGCCGCCGCUGUCCGAGCGGAACAUGGUCGGCCGGCUCGACCAACUGCCCCUGUUCUACGGCACAGCCAUCUUCGCGUUCGAGGGCAUCGCGCUGGUGCUGCCGCUCCAGAACGAGAUGAAGCAUCCGGAAAACUUUGGCAAAGCGUGCGGCGUGCUGAACAUCGGCAGCGGCUUCAUCUUGCUGCUGUUCACCACGUUCGGGUUCUUCGGCUAUUGGCGUUGGGGCGAAGCAGUCGAGGGUAGCCUCACGCUAAACCUCCCCGACAACGAGAUAUUAGCGGAGAGUGUGAAGAUAAUGAUUGCUACCGGUGUUCUGCUUGGAUACGCUCUCCAGUUCUUUGUCGCCAUCAUGAUCAUGUGGCCGAUGGUGGAAAGCCGCGUAGCCCUCGCCCGUAAGCAUCCCGUACGCUGCGAGAUGGUGUUCCGAAUCAUCAUGGUAUUGGUGACGUUCCUCGUCGCGGAGUGCGUUCCCAACCUUGGUGCAUUCAUCUCACUCAUUGGUGCGUUCUGCUCGUCCUCGCUGGCACUCAUGUUUCCACCCCUGAUCGAGCUGAUCGUCGCCUGGACGAAUGGAAAACCGAGCGUUUGGCUGGUGCUGAAAAAUGUCAUCAUACUGCUGUUGGCGUUCCUCGGCUUUGGCACCGGAACGUACGAGAGUAUGUCAGCGCUUGCCAAAGCUUUUUAA